CUAGGCUGAUAACCUGAGAUUGCCUAAUGGGGCACGCGAUUACAUCGCUCAUCAAUCAAAGAAGCUGGACUCUAUCACCUUCACCUGAACAAUCCAGCAUGUCCCUCAAAUCCAGACCAGCUGUAUUUGCUGCCAAGUCGUGGUAUUCAGCAGAUGGCGACACCCUCGAUACCGAGCUCUCGAAUUGGCUGGCUGGUGUUAAGCCUACUGACGAGGACGACUUUGCGCCGCCAGUCACAGGGUGCAAAGCGAUCAUCGCCCCCCACGCUGGUUACUUUUACUCUGGCCCUGCAGCUGCCUGGGCAUACAAGAGCAUAUCUACCACUGGAAUCUCCCGAGUGUUUAUCCUAGGCCCAUCGCACGCUUUCCAUCUAGGUGGAUGUGCACUCUCGAAAUGCGAGACUUACGAAACGCCACUAGGCAAUCUCACAUUAGACAGAGAAGUCAUUGAAGAACUCUACAAGACCAAACAAUUCGAGUACCUCCAACCACGCAGGGACCAAGGCGAGCACAGUAUCGAGAUGCACCUGCCCUACGUAUACAAAGUGUUCGAGGGGUGUAUCGAUAAUAUCAAGAUCGUGCCGAUCAUGGUCGGGGCUAUCGAUCAGGAGCAGGAAGAAGAGUAUGGGAAGAUUUUAGCGCCGUACCUCGAGAGGGACGAUACGAUCUUUGUCAUAUCUUCUGAUUUUUGUCAUUGGGGCCACUCGCAUUAUGGAUACACAUUUUAUUAUCCCGAGACGAUCCCUAGCGACGUCCCGGGUGUUAAUCUACGCCGUAGCGGUCCGCGUCCCUCGCCCUCCCGACCCAUCCACGCGUCCAUUUCAGAUCUUGACCACGAAGCGAUGGACAUCCUCGCUCAACAGCCCGCGUCUACCGCGCACUCCAAUUUUGUGACGUACCUGGAGCGCACGCACAAUACGAUUUGUGGACGACAUCCCAUAGGCGUGUUGAUGGGUGCACUUGGUGCGCUGGAAGAGAAAGGCAAACAGGCAAAAAUGAAGUGGGUGCGGUAUGAGCAGAGCAAUCGAUGUGUGUCGUUUGAUGAUUGGAGCGUGAGUUAUGCGAGUGCGUAUGUUACUUUUUAGAGGGGUUGGAUGACAAGCGAUGUUCAACGCACACGAUCGACGAGCAAUAAUCACAGACGAUGUAUAACACAAC